AUGUUGUCGGCACUACUGGCCAGGGCCCAUGCAACUGAUACCCCCGCAUAUGUCUCUAUCACGCCUUCGGGCGUACCAGGGCUGAUCGCACCCUCUACACACGAUCUCGGUAGCUUCCUAGACCCAAGCUCGCCAACUUCCCUCACCAGACACUAUACCUCACUCCAGGAUCAUGCCGACCAGCUUGUUAGCACAGAGUCAUCAGGACAAGAUGAAGGACUCACCCCAAGGCGACAUGUUGACAGACGGGAAGGCUUUAGCUGGGAUCAACGAUCAAGCCUUGGGAAUGAGAGCAGGCACAGUCGCAACCCGAUGGCAAUGGAGCAAGAACGCCCAAAAACACCUCCACCACUAGAAGAGAUAAUUCGAAGAACGACCAUCGACGAUGCGGACCACAUUCAAAACAGUAAACUACAGCAUAUCGACAGCAUGGAGUCGCACGCAUCCGAGAAUACAGGCCGAACAGGUUCCUUCUCCACAGAAACCAAUGAUUCUUACGUCCGCGAUCACAGAAGGCCAUCUAUUGCAGCUUUUGCCAAGGGCAUCGCCCGACAUGUACCAGAAUUCAGAAUGUUGCACCUGCCCGAAAGCAAAGACGAUCAAGACCGGCGAGAUUCUCAGGAAGCAAUGCCCAUGAAACUGCACAAGAAGGACCGCAUGUUGUCAUUUGCACCACCUCCUAUUGUUAAAGCAAAGGAGUCCUACGAGCAAGGAUCAAAGCCAUCUGUUUUUAUCGAAGAGCCAACAACACCGACGAAUAAUGCAAAGAUGCCAUCGAGUCCACAAUCUCCAAUGGGAAAAGGCGGGCUACGAGACCGCCGAAAGGUCAAUCUCGAUCUUUCGAUGCCAACUGUGAUCCCAGACUUACCUGCUCGCGGCCGCUCACCCGUCGAUAUCAUGGCCAACCUCGGUGCCCCCCGCGCGCGAAGUCCAAAAACACCAUGGAUCCGCAAAGAGCAGCCAAAGUGGGAGCCAGUGCCGAUGGCCAAGACUACGCCCAUUCUCGAAGAAGACUACAUUCGCGACAACAAUUCAGCGCUGAGUAACGAUAACAAAGGUGCCCUAGGUCUCCUACCCGACACCGAUGCAAUCUUCUCGUCGCAAUCCCUGAAGUUCGAACGACCGCCACCUAAAGUACGAGAUCGGUGUUACAUCGAUCGUCCGAGAUCGAAGAGAGCGAGAAGUGGCAGGAGUGGAAAGAGUGGUACGAGUGCGAGCGAUUCGACGUUAGCCCAGACACCAGAUGGGAAUUGGACCCUAGCGGAAGAGAAGACAUAUAGAGAACAGCAAGCUCGAACAAAGGCAGAGUUGCAGCAAAUAGCCAGCGAAUCGAAGGCCACACGCUCGCGGCGCUGGUUAUGGCUGAAUAAGACAUCAAGUGAAGAUGCUCCUCCCUCUCCCGGGCCUGCGCAGUCUCUAAGUCGCCGCUUCUCCUUUAAUCUCUUCCGACGCUCAAACCGCAUCUCAGACCAAAAUACCGCAGAGGUUACCAAACAACAAACCCCAUUUUCAUUCUUCCCUGCUCGGGGCAAACAGGUACAUCCAGUAAAGUCUCUCGCACAAAUGCAUGCUCCGCCGGCCUUCAUUCCUCCUGGCCUCCAACGUGUGCCAACACCACCAAUGUUCGACUCGAACGGCGAAGUUAAAGGCAAGCUGGCAGACUUCUUCUUCGAUAUCCACGGCGGUGGUGCUAUCAACGCUCGCAACAAGCCCAAAUCCAGUCCAGGCGGCUACUGGGAUUCUGACGCCCUACUCAUGAGCCUGACGAACGACAUUGAUAACCCCGAGGAUGAGGGGGAGAAUGAGGGCCCCGAAGGCCCACCCAGCGAAUUCAUCAACCCACCCGUUGACUUUGGACCGAGCAGCCUCGGCGGGCUUACAGCACGUACAAGUAACGAGGUUGGUAAUGCAGCAGGUUACCUGGGCGUAAAACCACCAGCCAGUCCUUCCUUGGCUGCCACAUCCCCAAUGCUAGGCCACGACGGCUGGUACCGCAUCCACCAGUCACACUACCCCGACACACCUGACGAACGCACACUCGCAGCACUUGCCCGCCAAGAAGAAGAAGAACGCCGCAAGUUUGAAUGGCUCGUCCCUGAACACCUUCCUAGCAGUCCUUUGUGCCCUCUGCACCCGAAGUACAGGGGGCCAAGCGCCGACUUGUGUUACUGGCAUGGACGCAGAUCCGGUAACGAGAUAAGAAAGGGGGAGUAUGCGAGGCCGGGGACAAAGGGGGCUUGGAACAGUGCAAGUGGAAGUAGUGGGUACAGCAGGGAUGAGUAUGGUUUUGGGGAUCCGGGAGUGGCUGGGGGCAUACCUAGGCUGGCUGGGACGCCGAGCAGGGAGGUGAAGAAGAGGAGAUUGAUUAGCUUGUCGAAUUCUUAAGCGAUAGACUUGUUGUCGUCGAUGUAAAGUUGAAAGGCUCCUUGAGUGAGUCGGAGAGGAUUAGAGAUCACGACUGAGAGACAUCAACUUUACAUGCAAAAGAAGAUAAAUU